AUAUUAAAGGCAACAAUCAACUCACACACUGGCUAUAUGUUGUGUAAUCCUUUUCCAAAGGUGACUCCUCCUACAUUGCCACAGCCACUUUCUAAAGCAACCAAGGAUAUUUGUUGUCUAUUCCUUAAUUCAUCUGCAUUUUGCAAGGGAGCUGGCAGGAUUGAGAAGAGAGGCGCACCAGAAGGGAAAAGCAAGCAUGGUACGAAGAGUUGCCAUCAUUGGAGCGGGAGUGAGUGGACUGGCCUCCAUCAAAAGCUGCCUGGAAGAAGGACUGGAGCCUACCUGCUUUGAGAAGAGUGAUGAUAUUGGGGGACUAUGGCGGUUCACAGAGGCUCCAGAGGAAGGCAGAGCCAGCAUUUACCCCUCAGUAUUCACCAACUCAUGCAAAGAAAUGACGUGCUACCCAGACUUCCCCUUCCCAGACGAUUUCCCAAUUUAUAUGCACAACUCAAAGCUUCAGGAAUAUAUCCAGAUGUUUGCCAAGCACUUUGAUCUUUUAAAAUACAUACAAUUUAAGACUCUUGUGAGCAAAAUUAAGAAGCGUCCGGAUUUCCCCGUAACUGGGCAAUGGGAUGUCAUAACAGAGAAAGAUGGAAAGAUGGAAUCAGCCAUAUUUGAUGCUGUCAUGAUUUGCUCUGGACAUCAUGUUGCUCCAAAUAUACCGGUCGACAGCUUCCCUGGCUUAGAUAAGUUUAGGGGUAGCUUCAUCCACAGCCGAGAUUACAAAGGACCUGAAAGAUUCAAGGGGAAGAAGGUUCUGGUGAUUGGCCUUGGAAACUCCGGCUGUGACAUUGCUGUGGAGCUCAGUAACAUUGCCGCACAGGUGUUUAUCAGCUCUAGAAGUGGAUCUUGGAUAAUGCGUCGUGUUUGGGACGAUGGCUAUCCCUGGGAUAUGUUGGUUUUAACUCGUUUUGAAACAUUCCUCAGAUAUGCCCUCCCAACUGCCAUCUCUGACUGGUUGUAUGUGAAGCAAAUGAACAGAUGGUUCAGACAUGAAAACUAUGGACUAAUACCGUUGAACAGAACUCUACGUAAGGAGCCAGUCUUCAAUGAUGAGCUGCCAAGUCGCAUUAUAUGUGGGACUGUUGUGGUGAAGCCCAAUGUGAGAAAGUUUACAGAAACUUCUGCAAUAUUUCAGGAUGGGUCUGUGCAGGAAGAUGUUGACUACAUCAUUUUUGCCACAGGCUACACCUAUUACUACCCUUUCAUGGAUGAUAACUCCAUAAUCAAGAACAGCAACAAUGAAGUUAUUCUGUACAAAAGCAUUCUUCCCCCCAGGCUGGAGAAACCCACCUUGGCAGUAAUUGGCUUAGUCCAGUCCCUUGGAGCAACUAUUCCAACCGCUGAUCUUCAGGCUCGCUGGUCCACGAGAGUAUUCAAGGGAUUAUGUAAACUGCCUUCAGUCAGCACUAUGAUGGAUGACAUAAAUGAAAAAAUGGGGAAGAAGCUAAAGUGGUUUGGGCAAAGCGAUACCAUUCAAACUGAUUACAUUGUCUACAUGGAUGAACUUGCCUCUGAUAUAGGUGCCAAGCCCAACAUUCGGCAACUGUUCCUGACAUCUCCUAAACUGGCCCUGCAAGUUUAUUUUGGCCCUUGCACCCCAUAUCAGUUUCGUUUAGUAGGACCAGGGAAGUGGAAUGGAGCCGGAGAUGCCAUCCUUACACAGUGGGACCGAACACUGAAGACCACAAGGACCCGAGUUGUGCACAGCACUCAGAAGUCUCCCCCACUCCAUUUUUUGCUCAAAAUGUUUGUCCUCCCACUUCUUCUCAUUGUUUUUUGGAUGAUUUUUAAUUGAGUAAUCAUAAACUAUACACUGAAAUCAAUGUCUAAGAAUCAGCUAAACAAGAGAUAGCCAGAAAAUAUUAGACUGCAACUCUUAUCAGCCGAGUGACCAUAAAUAAUGAUAAACAAGGUAGAGACCAAUACAUUUUCCUUGCCAGUUAAGUAAACAAUAAUUAUUUUU